AUGCUCCUUGCCAUUUCUCAACCAACCAACAUAACUGUCAAAACGAACAUAACGGCCACCUCCACACCCAGAACCACAAAUUUCCAUAAACAUAGAACAACACCAUUCAAUUCAACACUAAAAUCUCUCUGCAAAUGGGGCAAUUUAGACGAAGCUCUUAGCCUAAUCGAAUCAUCAAAGCCCACACCCAUUGAAGAAGAAGAAGGUAUCUCUCUCUUCCUCCACGCUUGCAUCUCCAGAAGGUCAUUGAAACAUGGCCGAAAACUCCACUUGCACCUACUACGCUAUCAAAACAGAGUCUUGGAGAACCCCACGUUGAAGAGCAAGCUCAUCACUUUGUACUCUGUUUGCGGCAGAGUCGAUGAGGCACGCCGCGUGUUCCGAAUUGGCGAUGAGAACCCGCCAGAACCUGUGUGGGUGGCUUUGGCUAUUGGGUAUUCGAGAAACGGAUUGUCCCAUGAAGCUUUGCUUCUUUACCGUGACAUGUUGUCACGGUGCGUGAAACCUGGGAAUUUCGCGUUUUCCAUGGCCCUCAAGGCGAGUUCUGAUUCGGGUAAUGCAUUGGUUGGAAGAGCAAUCCACGCCCAAAUUUUGAAGCAUGAUGUUGGAGAAGCAGACCAAGUGGUGAACAACGCGCUUUUGGGGUUUUAUGUGGAAAUUGGUUGCUUUGACGAGGUCCUAAAGGUGUUUGAGGUGAUGCCUGAACGAAACAUGGUGUCUUGGAACACUUUAAUUGCGGGUUUUGCUGGUCAAGAUAGAGUGUUUGAGACACUUGGUGCUUUUAGAGUUAUGCAAGGAGAAGAUAUGGGGUUCAGUUGGAUUACCCUUACAACUGUUUUGCCGGUGUGUGCUCAGGUUACUGCACUUCAUAGUGGGAAGGAGAUACAUGGGCAGAUUGUGAAGUCUAGGAAGAAUGCUGAUGUGCCUUUGCAAAACUCGUUGAUGGAUAUGUAUGCCAAAUGUGGAGAAAUUGGUUAUUGUGAAAAAGUGUUUGACAGAAUGCGCAGAAAGGAUUUGACAUCAUGGAAUACAAUGCUAGGUGGAUACUCAAUCAAUGGUCAAAUAAAUGAAGCCUUGGAUUUGUUUGAUGAAAUGAUAAAUUCUUGCAUCGAACCAGAUGGGAUUACCUUUGUUGCCUUGCUUUCAGGUUGUAGCCAUUCAGGACUCGCCAGUGAGGGGCAAAGAUUGUUUAGUGUGAUGCAGGAUUAUGGGGUGCAACCAUCUUUAGAGCAUUAUGCUUGUUUGGUGGACAUAUUGGGUAGGUCAGGGAAACUUGACGAGGCAUUAACUGUGGCAGAGAACAUUCCAAUGAGACCUAGUGGCAGCAUCUGGGGUUCAUUGCUUAACUCGUGCCGGCUUUAUGGAAAUGUUCCCCUAGCUGAAAUAGUUGCGGAGCGGUUGUUUGAGAUUGAACCUAGCAAUCCUGGAAAUUAUGUGAUGCUUUCAAACAUAUAUGCAAAUGCAGGGAUGUGGGAAGAUGUGAAGAGAGUUAGGGAAAUGAUGGCCAUGACCGGAAUAAAAAAAAAUGCUGGAUGUAGUUGGAUACAAAUAAAGCAUAAGAUUCAUACAUUUGUUGCAGGAGGGAGCUCUGAUUUACGUUGUUCUGAUGAGUAUAUUAAAAUUUGGAACGAGUUGUCAAAUGCUAUUAAGGACUUUGGAUAUAUAACUAAUACGAGUGUUGUUCUCCAUGAUAUCAACGAAGAUAUGAAAGCAACAUGGGUUUGUGAGCACAGUGAACGACUUGCAGCUGUAUCUGCCCUCAUCCACACUGGCGCUGGAAUGCCAAUCAGGAUUACCAAGAAUCUUCGAGUUUGUGUUGACUGUCAUUCCUGGAUGAAGGCUGUUUCAGAAGUUACAAGGAGACUAAUUGUAUUAAGAGAUACAAAUCGGUUCCACCAUUUUGAACAUGGUACUUGUUCUUGUAAAGAUCAUUGGUGA